AUGGAAGUAAGAGAUACAAGUUUAGCAACUGAUUUAACUAGUGUAAGGAUCCCAGUUCAAUCAUCAUAUAUCCCUGAGGUAACAGUAAAGAAGUCAGUAAAUAAAGAGGAUGAAGAAGCUCCAACAAUAAUUCCGUUGCAGCACUCCAACUUUAAAUAUUCAUUAUUAAGCAAAAUAUUUCAACAUUCAACAAAACAAAUUGACAUUUUUUUUUUAUUUAAAUUUAGACAAAAAAAGCUUAUUAAAUCACUACAAAAUAAGUGUGCUAUCCCAGUAAAUCCUAUAAAUCCCAUUCAUGAACAGCUAUUGCGAGAUUAUUGGGCUCUUUCAUAUCCUGAUAAUCCCGAAAUUAAUUCAAUAUCUAGCUAUUGGAAGUUACUUGGGUUUAGUGGAGAAAAUCCACACAAUGACUUCAUCUUUGGUGGGCUUGUAGCUCUACAACAUAUGGUAUAUUUUGCUGAGCAUUACAGAGGAAUUUUCCGUAAAAUUUUGGAAGAAUCUCAAAGAUAUCCAAGUAAUGGGUUGAGUUCAAAUACUUUAAAUAUGAAAAAAACAAUAAGCACUCUAAGUUCAUCUUUUUUUUGCUCACAGAAUACGAGCAGUCUGACAACUCCAUGUAAUCGUACUCCAAAGAGCUAUGGCAACAAGAUUUGGAGCUCAAGUCCCAGUCUCUUGUCAACUCCAAAACAUAUAGAAACUGAAGAAAUGUGCAAGUCAAAUAUUCAGAGUUAUCCAUUAGUACUUCCAAAGAUAUCUGAAUCUGCAUCAUCUCAUUCUAAUGCAAUAGAAUGUGAAGAGAUUGAAACUAGAGAAAUCCCAGUUUCUUAUCCACUCUCAAUUGCACUUAUUAGUAUAUCUAUUAUGGUAUGUUUGUAUCUUAGAUUACUCCCUUGUACAUAUAAAAUACCUGGUUUAGCAAAUAAGGUUGCUCCUAGUAAGGUCCUCAGAAAUUUCUCCAAAUUAUAUACUGAUUGUUCCAAAAAUAUCCUAGCUGAGCUAUUCAGUGUAUGUGCAAUUAGAAUGCAUUCUGAAUGGGUUGAUAUUAUAAAGUACUUGGGUCCUCAGAUAGCAGUAAGGGAAUUUGAUAAAGCUCUUCGCAACGUACAAGCUGCUAUGAUAUCUAACUUGGAAAGUCUUCCUAAAGAUAUGUUGGAAUUAAGAACAAUAUGUAAUAUGCAAAGAUAUCUAUAA